AUGGCGCUCAAACAGACGUUGCAAUCCAAGUAUAGACUGCUAUCGGGUCAUGAGAUCCCGGUCAUUGGGUUCGGAGUUUAUAUGAUUGCCCCAGCUACAACUGAAAAGGCAGCCCAAGAAGCACUCAAAGUCGGAUUCCGCCAUGUCGACUCAGCCAUCAUGUAUGGAAAUGAAAAGGGCUGUGGCCGUGCCAUUCAGAACUCCGGCCUUGACCGAUCCGAGAUCUUUUUGACCACGAAGAUUCCUCCAGGCUCAAUGGGCUACAAAACAACAGAGCGAGCCAUUGACAAGAGUCUACAAGAAGCAGCCACCAAUUACUUUGAUUUGGUCUUACUCCACGCACCAUAUGGCGGCAAAGAAGCCCGACUGGGCUCCUGGCGCGCCCUAGUCGAAGCCCAGAAAGCAGGCAAGACACGAUCGAUCGGCGUAUCCAACUACGGUAUCCACCACCUCGAAGAAUUGGAAGAGUACAUCCAGAAUGGCGGGGGCGGCGAGAUCAGCGUCGGCCAGUGGGAGCUGCACCCAUGGCUAGAUCACUCUGAUAUCGCAGAGUGGUGCCAGAGCCGUGGGAUCGUAGUUGAAGCAUAUUCGCCUCUCGCGCAUGGAGAGAGACUACAGGAGCCUGUGCUGGCGACCAUUGGAAAGAAGUAUGGCAAGUCGCCGGCUCAGGUUAUGAUUCGGUGGAGUUUGCAGAUGGGAUUUGUGCCUUUGCCCAAAUCCAAGACGCCGCAGCGGAUCCGUGAGAAUACCGAAGUGUUCGACUUUGAACUUUCAAAGGAGGAUAUGGCGCUACUUGAUACGGGUGAAUAUUCGCCUACUGACUGGGAUCCGACCGUGGAUGAAGAUUAG